UCGACACUGGCGACGCCGCUGUCAGAGCGGCAGUAAAAGAAAUUAACUAUCUCAAUAUCCAAGGGUUGAAUUUUUUUAGGUUUUUAAUUUUUAAUUUAAAUUAUUUAUAAUGGAUGAAGAAGGCGAUAGUAUUUUGAUGGAAGAAAAUUAUUACCAGUUGCUGAAUGUCUCCAAGACGGCAUCACCGGAUGAGAUCAACAGUGCAUACCGGCGGUUCAGCCGCAUGUUCCAUCCCGACAAGCACAGCACAGAUCCAAACAAGCAGAAAUGGGCAGAGCAGAUCUUCAACAAGGUGAAGGAGGCAUAUGAAGUGCUAUCCGAUAACCACAAGAGAGCUAUUUAUGAUACAUUAGGUAAAAGAGGUUUGGAAGUAGAUGGCUGGGAAAUUAUAUUUCGGACGCGAACACCUAGAGAAAUUAGGGAAGAAUAUGAAAGGUUAAAGCGCGAGCGAGAGGAGCGGAGGUUGCAACAGAGCGCGAAUCCUCGCGGCACCAUCACACUCUCCGUCAACGCUACAGAUAUGUUUAUGAAAUAUUACGAUGAAUAUGAAAUCAUAGAAGAGUCCAAUAUCCUACCGAAUAUAGAGGUGUCAGGCAUGACCAUCCAACAGUCUAUAGACUCGCCCAUAACGCUGAGGGACACCAUGACACUCUCGGGGAAUAUAUCAACACAGAACGGAAUCGGUACCGGUUCCGUGAACCUAUCCAACCGCCACCUCAGCUCCGAGAAGGGUUGGACAGAGUUCGAGUUCGGGAUAGGCAAUGGGCCACUCCUGGGCUUCAAAAUAUUCCGUACCCUAUCCCGACUGAUGUUCCUCAACUGCGGCACUGUCAUGCAGUUUACGCCGAGGGGGAUCGUGCCUAGUCUCGUCUCAACAAUGGCUCUCCAACUAGACGCCCACUCCGUCGGUUACCUGACGUACCGCGCCGGCGGGCAGGGCGGGUCUUCCAUGACGUCCAUAUACGUCCGCGACUCCGAGAAGUACCACACCAACACGGCCAUCCAGCUCGGCAACCCGCACUCGUUCAUUUCCUUCAAUGUCAUGAGGAAGUUGCCACAGCACGAUAUGAAGCUGCGCUUGGCGUUGAAACUCGGUACCUUCGGCGCCAUAGCAGAGUACGGGGCCGAGAAAAAGGUGUCUAAAAACAGCAGCGUGUCGGCCGCGGUCAUGCUCGGCGUUCCCAGCGGCGUGAUUCUCAAGCUCAAAUGGACGUGUUCAACACAGACAAUAGUGGUCCCAAUACACCUGUGCGAAGAAGUGAUGCCAUCACCGGUCUUCUACGCCACAGUGGUGCCCAUGGUCUCAUGGCUCAUUCUAAAGAAGUUAAUACUGGACCCCAUAGCACGGGAGCGGUCAGAAAGGGAGCGGCAGAGAUCUAUGGAGGCUAACUUUGAAAGGUUACAAGAAAUGCAGCGGCAAGCGCGAGCGACGGUGGAGCUGAUGCGGGAGACGUACUCGAGGAUACGGAGCGACGAGGAGAAGAAAAAGGGCCUCGUCAUCCUGAGGGCGUUGUACGGGAAGCUACCUGCAGGAGCCUCAAGUCACGAGGUUGAAGCCGAGCCGACGGGCGACGCGGCAUCACCCGAGUCACCCGCUGCUUACACCGAAGUCAUCGACGUGACGAUACCCGUGCAGUGCCUCGUCAAGGACUCGCGACUGGAACUGUUGGAGGCGAGCAAGGCGGACCUGGCCGGUUUCUUCGACCCGUGUGUGGGUGAGGAUAAGCACCUCACUAUACUGUACAACUUCCACAAGAACCUGCACUGCUGCACCGUCGCGGACAGUCAGGCAGUAGUUUUGCCUCGCAACAAUCACCGGAUAAAGAACAGAUCUUGAAGGUUAAAGUCGAGGAGCAGGUGCUAACUACAACGCCGAGUGAGCGCCCAGCGCCCGGCGUUCAUCCUAUCAUAAAAUGUAAAUGUAUAGACUUAAUUUACUGAGCUCCGACAGAACCCACUAAAUUUCAACCAAAGAUAGGCCCAGAGGUCUUCUCUUUUAAACCUGAUAGUGAAUACCUCCGAAUUUCUCGACCGCAACUGAGGCAGCUUUUAUUUUUGAAUUAAAAAGACUGCGCCGUCUUGUGAUAAUAAUGUGAAA